UCUGUGUUCUCUUCACAGCAAUUCUCUGCCCUCACAGACGUGCUUUUCCACUUCCUAACUGAGCCAAAAGAGGUGGAAAGGUUCCUGGCUCAGCUCUCUGAAUUUGCCAGCGCCAAUCAGAUCAGUCUUGGGCCCUUGAGAAGCAUCGUGAAAAGCCUCCUUCUAGUUCCCAAUGGUGCCUUAAAGAAGAGUCUCACAGCGGAGCAGGUCCAGGCCGAUUUCAUCACUCUGGGUCUCAGUGAGGAGAAAGCCGCCUACUUUUCUGAAAAGUGGAAACAGAAUGCCCCCGCCCUUGCUCACCGGGCCAUCGGUCAGACUCUGAUGAUCAACCAGCUUAUAGAUAUGGAGUGGAAAUUUGGAGUGACAUCUGGGAGCAGCGAACUGGAGAAAGUGGGGAGUAUUUUUUUACAAUUAAAGCUGGUGAUUAAGAAAGGAAACCAAACUGAAAAUCUGUAUAUGGAAUUAACCUUGCCUCAGUUCUACAGCUUCCUGCACGAGAUGGAGCGAGUCAGAACCAGCAUGGAGUGUUUCAGCUGAUUCCUGCCCAGCAUCUCCUCCUGCCCCUUUCCUCACCCUCCUCCCUUCCCCAGGGACUGGUCUGAGCAGAGCCUCACCCACAGGCCUAUGGGGGCUCCACUUGGCCCUGCUUGGUUCGGGUGCCCAGGUGCAAAAGGUUUCAGAAAAACAACAGGAUUAAGUACUUGAAGAGCCCUACACAGUGGCCAGGUAACCUUUGUUAAGGGACCCACCUGUCUCACCAGGGUUUUAGAACUCUGACUGGCACUUGCAUCUCAGAUGGGGACAGAGGCAGAGGGUGGAAAUCCUCACCUCCCCAUCCAAGGUCAAAAUAACAUGCUGAUCCCCCCCACACAAACAAGGUUCCUUUAUGUCUGAGGAAGAGGCUGACUAUGAAAGACACUCAGGAGCUCCCAAGGUCCCCAGUACUCCCUACCAGGUGGGGCCGUGUGCUGCUAACCCCUAAUAAGGCAUUGGUGUGUAACCACAGGACUCUGGUCUUCCCUGGAAAGAACUAAGGCUAAACGCUGCCCCUGUGUCUGGUGUCACCCUGUUGUGCUAUAAUGAGGCAGGUCUUUUAGGACUGUUGUACCUUGUUUUGAUUCAACCUGACCACUAUUGGUGGUUACAUGAUGAAUAAAGAGGUUCUGAAGAAAA